AUGUCGUAUGCAACAUGUCCCAUAUACCAUGUGAAUAUUAAUCAAACACAAAAGGAAGAUUUACUUCGAUUUGAAAGUUCAGCCGUUGACAAUUACAAACAGUACAGGGCAGUUGAGAUACACUCCAGGAUUCGCAUCAGUUUAGUCAUUACCCUUAUCUCCCUGCUGAUAUUUGGUUCAUGGAAAUUCAGACAUGACAGAACGGUAAUUGAGAUGAUAAAUAAUAUUCCCCUGAUGUUAUUUGUGAUAGUCUUUUUCAUUUUCUCCAUAAAACAUUACUAUAAGAACUUGUUCAAAUCUAAAAGCUACAUAAGGAGUUUGAAUAAGACAUUGAAAGGAUUCAACCUCUACCUUGAUAAUAAAAGUCUGAAGUUAUGUGUUAUUGGUGGGUUCAGGAAGGAGUAG